GAACCAUCGCCGAAGAGAGAGAAGUGGUGUGAGGAAAAACCAAUGUUUUGACGCUAUCUCUCAUUUCAAAUCUUAAAUGAGUCGACAGGCGAUAAAUCCACUCUCAUAUCCUCUUAAAAACCAACAGUUUUGAUAAUCGGCUACCUGAAAUUUACAUCAGAUCUGUAAUUAACCACAAUGAGUAGUAGAGCGAGGGAGAGGAGAAGAUGUUUGGAAGUAUUGGGAGUACAAGAAGAUGCUACAGAUGAUGACAUCAAGAAAGCUUACAGACGUAUGGCAUUAAUUUUUCACCCUGAUAAGAAUCAAAGUGAGGAUGCAAAAGAAAAGUUUCAGGAGAUAGGUUAUGCACACAAAUACCUUAUCGAGGGACCAAGUGCAGUUGGUUUUCAAGAAGAUGGACAAUUUACUGGCCAUGCUGGUGGACAUGAUGUUCCAAUUAAUAUUUUGACGAGACUGUUUCCAUGGAUGAUGGGUGACUUUGGAUUAGCUCGACCUUCUCCUUCACCAUUUGGCGGACUUUUUGGCCAUCACGUUUCCAGUCCAUUCCACCAGAGUCCAUUCCAGCAAUUUUUUAUGGACCCAUUCAGUGGUAUGCAUGGCUUUGACGAUUACGAUGAUAGUGACGAUGGAGAGGAAAUUGUCAUUAUGCAAAAUGGAAGAAUAACUGUGAUAAAAUCAGGCAAUAAGGGACAUUCUAGGAGAAGGAGGAAUACACGGAGACCACAACAACAUCAUGAUCCCUUCCUGUCCAGAUCACAACACCACCAGGAUCCCUUCCUGUCCAGAUCACAACAACACCAGGAUCCUUUCCUGUCCAGAUCAGCACAUUUCAACAAUAGACAAAGUCAAUUCCACUCAGAUAAUAGUCAUACACAUAUUCCAACAUCAGAUAAUGUACAUAGAACUUCUUCUAGGUUUAACCCAAGAAGAUCCUCUGACACAAGUGAUUAUCAUAACAGGAGACCAACAACUUCCCAGAAUUCCUCCAUGCAUACUCCAAAUAAAGCCUCUUAUGGCUCAGGAAAUUUAAACGAUCAAUUUUCUACUGGUACCCAAAGUUCUGGUACCUCUAAGGUACAUUCUACUCCUACACAAAAUAAUGACAGUAAAGAGGGAAAAUCCAAAACUAAACCUCAGACUGUGAUCACUUCCAGGAAAGAAAGAAAAAAGCAAAAGAAAGCAAAUAAACCAGCCAGUCAAACUAAACCUGCAACUUCCAAUGUGACGACAAGAGAUGACAUGCCAGAGAUGGUAGAAUCUGGGUCAGAAGAUAAUGAUAGUAUCUAUGACAACAUUGAUGAUAUAGAAACUAGUCAGGUACCAUUAAAAUUGAACAAGAAACAAAGAAGAAAACUGAAGAGAGAAAGAGAAAGACUGGAGAAGGAAAUGGCACAGACAAACAGUGGAAAUGUUAAAAUGUCUCAUAAACCUAUUCCACAGGAAGUUGAAGAGGAUGAUGAAACAUCCUCCAAUUCAUCUGCUACUAAUGACACACAAGAAAAAAGGAAACAAGAGCAUGCAGACGACAACAUUCACCUUUUUGAUCACCUUGCUCCACAGUCGCACCAGGAUGAAGAAGAAAUGCUUCGAGUUGCCAUGGAGAUGAGCAAGAUGGAAGUGAAUAACAUAGACGAUGACCAAUUUUCACAAGAUGAUGCAUACUCUAACUAUGAUAAUCUUACUGAUGAAGGUCAAAGUUCAAAAGGUCAAGAUAACACUUCGUGGUAUGAUGAUAUAGGCAAAAGUCCAUUUGCCAAGACUCCAAUGGAAGACAUGAAAAAGACUUACUACAAAGAUAUGUCGUCCACAAACUUUGACCCUGCAUCUUAUUAUAAGUCAAGUCAACCUCAAGAGCCAAGGUCACAAAAAAAUUAUUCCAAAUCUAACAAAGAAAACUUUGCAAGUGGUCAUUCCACUGGUGUGGAUUCUACAAGCAGAAGUCAUGGAGCUACAUCUCAAGGUCAUGAACCUAGUUCUAAUAGUCAAAACACUAGAUACUUCUACUCAAAGGACUAUAAGAGACCAGAAAAACCAGUUGAACAGCAUCAUCAGAAAUACUUUAAAUCUUCCACCAAACCAUACAAUUCUCAUAAAGAAAAGCAUUCAUUUGAUUUAGAUGAACCAGACGAUGUACCCUUGAAUCUGAAUGAUGUUAAAACUAGAGUUGCUCCUAUUGGAAGUUUUCAUACUCAGGAGGUGCUGAAUAAUUCAUUGAAUGUGCCGAAAGGAAUCCAUGUGACUCAAAUUAAUCAUGUAUAUAGGAAAAAGUGAUGAAAAAUUUAUAAUUUAGCUUUUGAACUUUUGAGGGGAUCUGAUGCAAUUGUAACAUAAUUAGUGUCAGAUUUUAAAUACUCUUAAGGGGAAGAUAUCCCCUUAAGUAAAUUAUUGAGGGGGUGAUUGGAUCGAAAUUUUGUAGAAUUGUUUUUGUACUUUCUUUUUACAAUUUAAUCAAUAUUAUUUGAUAGCAUUAAUUUAAAUGAGUCCAACCAUUCAUGAAUUUAUUAGUCAGGACAAAAUAAUUGGUACUAGCUCCAAAGGUUGGCAGGUACAUUUAACCUCUCAUUUUACAAGAUAGAUUUUCAAUAAGAGACUUUUAUUUUAUAGAAAUCUAAUACAUAUUUUUGUAUAAAUGAAAUGAGAUGUUUUUUCAUUUUGUUUUUUUGGCUUUACAGCAUUAUUUAUAUUAAAACAUUUGUAAAAGAGAUUAUUAAGUACAAAAAUAAUGUGUUAAGGAAUGAAAGAUUUGUAGUUAACUGUUUCAUAAUCUACAACACAUCAUUUGUACUGUUGAUCGGGGUUCUCACAAAGGAGAGUACAUGAGUUCUGGAAAAUCUGUCUGGACUCAUCAUUUUCAGAACUAGUGUGUCCAAAGAUGCAUCAAGAUUGUAAAAUGUUGUAUCAAAUGAGCACAAAUAUCAUCAUUUAAUAACUAAAAUUUUCAAAAUAAUCUAAAUUUGAUGUCAUUUCCAUGCUCUAGUUUGUCGUGGAGACAGAAUAAUAAAUUAUAUAGCAAUAAAAUUUCAUCUUCUCACAGUUGGACUUGCCAUGGCCAAAAUUUGAGUCCCAAGACUUGCCUUCAAAAAUCCUUAAUGAGAACCCUGGCUUAUAACAUAAAUAGCCAAUCACAAUGGUAAUGUACACUUUUGAAAAUUUUUAUCCAAAAUGCAACAGUGAAUUGAUGAGUAGAUUAUCAUUUCUAUCCCCUCUUACCAAAUACUGGUUCACCCUGAGAAUGUUUAUAUUAAGGAUGUUCGCUCCUCUGUUUGAAAUAACAAGCUUUUUAAAAGACUGUUUUAAAUUGAUAGUAUAUAUAAAUAAUAGAACUUAAAAAGCAAAAACUAAUGAAGGGUCUGUGUCCUUGUUUUCGAGAUAUAAGCCAUUAAAAAUUUGGCGGGAAAUGAUUCUCUCUAGAUUUUUUAUAUAUUUAACAUUGGCACCCUUUUUCUUUCAAAAAACUACGAAAAAAUAACAAUGAUUUUAUAAGAUUUUCAAAUAUGGCCUUUUAAACUAAAUGUAAUAGAAUUUAUGAAAAAAAAAGUAGUGGUGAGUGGGCAAAAUUUCUAAAGGAACUGCAUGGAUAAAACCAGGGAUUCCAAAUAUCUGGCAAAAAUUCAAAAACAAGAGGAGCGAACAUCCUUAAGUUUAUAUGAGAGGAUCAUUUUAACGUUAAAACAUUAACAGUGAUCACAAAAAAUCUUAUGACUAAAGUUGAUCGUGUUGGUCAUAAGUCAUGAACAAUUCAUUAUACUUACGAUGGUCUUUAGUCAUCAGAUUUUUAUACCCCACAUAGGGGCAUUAUGUUUUUUGGUCUGUGCGUCCUUUUUUUCGUCCAUUCGUCCAUUCAGUUUUUGGUCAAGGUAGUUUUUGAUGAAGUUGAAGUCCAUUCAAUUUGAAACUUAGUACACAUGUUCCCUAUGAUAUGAUCUUUCUAAUUUUAAUGCCAUAUUAGAGGUUUGACCCCAAUUUCACGGUCCACUGAACAUAGAAAAUGAUAGUGCAAGUGGGGCGUCUGUGUACUAUGGACACAUUCUUGUUUGAAACUGAUCACAGAUGUGUAGUUUAAAGGUUAACAGACCUUAACAAUUGUCUAUUGGUAUUAAAGGAGUGUUAUAAAUAAAGAUGUCAGAUUUUUUGAUGGAAUUAAACACAAAUAUAUUAAAAUCUUCCAGUUCCUAUCUUUUUUAACCCCCAAUGGAUGACAUAACCUUUAACCUGGUCUAACUGUCAAAAUUUCCUGUUUAUAUACUUUGCAUUUCAUAUUAGAGAUACUUGGAAUGCUGUAAUUUGAGUACUGAACUCUGAAUAAUUUUUCUGGUUUUCUCUACAAAUUUUCAUAAGGAAAGGGUUGAGAUUCGCCAGAACAAUGAAAAUGGGUUUUAUAAUGCCAAUCAAAAAUCUUUCCAAAUUUUUUUUUUAAACCCAACUUUUUUUUUCUCUUUUUCUAAUUUAAAUUCUUAUGUCACAUUUUUGUACUUGAAAAGUUAUAGAUGAAUGGUUUUUGUGAACAAAUUAAUAUUCAUUGUAAUGUUGUGAAUUUAUUGAGCCACUUUUGUUCUGUUUCAGACAUUGUAUAUUUGUGUUACCAAUAGAUCAGUGAUAUUUUACUACUUGAUUGGUACUUUACUGAAAACUAAAGUUUUGGUCAAUGUGACGAAUAUUCAAUAUAUGCAAGUUGGUCUUGAAAAUUUUGCAUAAAGGUCCAAGUCUUUAAGAUUAUAAAUGAGGGUCAUUGAUGUAAAAUUAAAUACAUUUUUUUUUUAUUUAUAAAAUUAUGUUAUCAGUGUAUUGCCAUAAUAUGUUAUGCAACAAUUUUUUUUUCAUUUGAAGGAAAUUAAUUGUUUACAAUAUUGUUUAUAAUAAAAAUUUAAUAUGUA